CGACCCAAUAACCUAGUUAAGCGAAUCUUUCAAUUUGUGAGCCUCAUGUCCUUAACGAAUCUUGCCAAACACAAGGAUAGAAGCGGCGUUGAUGGCGAGGCGGAUGACAGUGAUUUCCAAGGUGGCGAGCUCCGCCUUGACGAACUACUCACGGCGAGGCCGACGGCGGCGCGAUUGACAGCGGCGAGAAUGGGGAAAGUUUCGAUUUUUGAUUAGUGAAAUUUAAUUAUAAUGUAUGAAGUAGUUGAUACUAGCGUUAAUGUUGUUAAUUAACCCAAAGAAAGCAACGUUCUUGGCAGUCGAUCACUGUAGUCUCCGCCUAUAGAUAGAUAAUCCGGGCCUUCACGUGUCUCCGCUGCUCCGGGUGCAAACCUCAACGCUUGGGUUAAACUUUUAACGAAUUAAAAUAAGCAAAUAUAAUAUGAGAUAAUCAGACAGCAACUUCUCCAGGUUUUCUGAGCACCCCACCUCUUCUCCACGAUCUCAUCCCUAUCCAUGCCCUGAACCGUCCCCCGCUUUCACUCUGCUUCCCACAACCUCUCUCUCUUUCUCUCUGCAGCUUUCUCUACAUCUGAAACGAUGGGCGACAAAGCGGGAAGAGGAGGAGGAGCCGUAAUGGCGGAUGAAAUGGGCGAAGGAAUGCAGUGCAGCGACCAUCCUUACCGCAACAACACCGGAGGCAUCUGCGCUUUCUGUCUUCAGGAGAAGCUCGGCAAACUCGUCUCCUCCUCCAAAUUAUCAGACCCCUUCUUUUCCGUCCCUCCGCCUCCCUCCUCUUCCUCCUCCUCCCCACCUUCCUUCCCCCCCUCUGAUCUCCCGUCUUAUCCCUCCUCCACCCGCAUCUCUUUCCUCUCCACCAAACAACGCCGUCGCAAAAUGAAAACUCACUCCGCCGCCGAGGAUCCAAAAGCCGAAUCGCUUAUUCUCAAUCGAAGCAAAUCGGUGGCCCCGAGAGCCCGGGGUCAGAUCACCGAUGUGUCUGAAAGUCCCCGGAAGAAGAGCUUCUGGUCUUUCCUCACACUUUCAUACUCUUCAUCCAUUUCUUCCGCACCAAUCUCGACUUCCUUCAUCACCAAGCGCAGAUCCACCUCUUCCUCAUCCGCCGUGGCCGGUAACUGCGUAACAGAGCUUCCGAAGUCCGCAAAAGAAGAAGAAGCCUCCGCUGGAAACGACGAUGCCAGUCCUAGCGGAAGUCAGGCGUCCUCCUCGUUCGGGCGCACGGUGGCAAGAUCCAGAUCGGUGGGCUGCGGGAGUCGAAGCUUUUCCGGUGAUUUUCUCGAGCGGAUCUCUAAUGGAUUCGGAGACUGUACUCUCCGGCGAGUGGAAUCUCACCGAGAAGCUAAACAAAAAGCUUCCAUCCACCGCAGCGAAGGACACGAAAAUGAGAACGAGGAGCAGCGGAUUAAGGAGCGAAUCAAGUGCGGCGGCAUCUUUGUCGGUCUCGGCAUGACGGCCUACUGGCUUUCAGCCACGUCGACGGCCGAUGCAUGCGGUGAAUCCGGUCGCUUACCGGUGGGGAGGCGUGGUAGGACGCCUCAUGGUCGGACCAAAAGCUGGGCCUGGGCUUUCGCUAGCCCUAUGAGGGCGUUCAGGCCUGGAGGCGGAGGAGGUCAAACCACCAUCAUCGCGGCUGGUGGUGAUGUCGCCGGCGGCGGCAGAAUCCGUCGAAGUUAGUUGUCAGAGAGCAGUAGCAAAUUUCGUUAGUUUUUAUUUUUAUUAAUUUUAAUUUUUCUUCCCACUCUACAGUUUUACGAAUACUGGAAUUGUUGAGCGGUGCAGCAUGGUGUUGUGGUUGGUAAAUUUGUAAUUUUUAGUUUAAUGCUACUUUAUGG